AUGGAUGAGUCUGCGUUGGAGCGUUACUUUGAUGACUCCAUUGCUAACGUGAGACGUCAGCUUCCUUCUGGGGGAGAGCUGGGGCUGCAGAGCCCCGCCCCCUCCAGAGAUGGCCCCGCCCCCUCUGUGAAGGGGGGGCCGGGGGAGGAGCUUGACCUCAGCUUCCUGCCUGAUGACCUCAGCACGCAGGACCACACCGCCCAGAGUCAGACUGCAGCUCUGGACGACAGCGGCGUCUGUCUGGACUACAACUCCCAGCAUGCAGCAGCAGCAGCUGCCGACCCCCAGGAGGGGACGUCCCAGAUGGGGGCGGUCCCCUCCCCCUUCUGCCCCAUGACCCCCAUGACCCCCAUGACCCCUAUGACCCCCGUUACCGAGAGGUCAGGAAUCAUCCCACAGCUGCAGAACAUUGUCUCCACGGUGAACCUUGGUUGUCCUCUGGAUCUGAAGUUCAUCGCCCUCCAAGCCAGAAACGCAGAGUACAACCCAAAGCGUUUUGCGGCUGUCAUCAUGAGAAUCCGAGAGCCUCGAACCACCGCGCUGAUCUUCAGCUCGGGGAAGAUGGUCUGUACAGGAGCCAAGAGUGAGGAGCAGUCUCGUCUGGCAGCCAGGAAGUAUGCCCGUGUGGUUCAGAAGCUCGGCUUCGCGGCUCGUUUCCUGGACUUUAAGAUCCAGAACAUGGUGGCGAGCUGCGACGUCUGUUUCCCCAUCAGGCUAGAGGGGCUAGUACUCACACACCAGCAGUUCAGCAGUUAUGAGCCGGAGCUGUUCCCGGGCCUCAUCUACCGCAUGGUGAAGCCUCGCAUCGUGCUGCUCAUCUUCGUGUCGGGAAAAGUGGUUCUGACCGGAGCUAAAGAGCGAGCCGAGAUCUACGAAGCGUUUGAGAACAUUUAUCCGAUCCUGAAAGGCUUCAGGAAACAGUGACAUCACUUCCUGUUCAUUUUUGUAAAUAGAUAACAUAAGUAUGUUUUGUAUAUCUGUUUGGUUUUGUGUUUUGGGUGGUAAAUGAGUCUGCUGUUUGUUUUAAGAGUCUCUGUUCAGUGUUUCACCAUCCUGAAAGGAAAUAAAUUAGUUUGCCAAAUCUC